CCUCACCUCCUCUUUCUCUCUUUGUAUGAAAUAUCAAAAAAGUUUAACCCUCUCCUUGGUUGGUGCUGUCAAGCCCUAGAAAAGUCAACGUGAAACGAUAUUCUUGUUGCGCUGGAUCAUCAUAUUUAUCAAUUAAGCUCUAGGGUUACUGAUUUUUAGAGGUUCUCCGUCCGGAAUCUCGCCAUCUCGCAACUUUGAUUUCUCCGUAUUCGAGUUUUAUUCCUAAUUUCUGGACUAAUUGUAAUGGAUUUUGGUGUCUCGGAUGACUUAUUGGGGACUUUCGUCCCCAUACUUGUUUAUUGGGUUUAUUCUGGGAUCUACAUUCUGAUGGGAUCCCUCGAUGAUUAUCGACUUCACUCGAGGAAAGAUGAAGAUGAGAAGAAUUUGGUAUCUAAGAAGACGGUGAUCAAAGGUGUUAUCUUGCAACAGAGCGUUCAAGCUAUUGUUGCAAUCAUCUUGUUCAAGGUUACAGGAAACGACGGCGAUGCCUCCACUGACAACCCAUCCUCUAUGAUUGUGAUUCUAAGACAAUUCAUUAUCGCGAUGUUUGUACUUGACACUUGGCAAUAUUUCAUGCAUAGAUACAUGCAUCACAACAAGUUCUUAUACCGUCAUAUUCAUUCGCAACAUCAUCGCCUUAUUGUUCCAUACGCAUUCGGAGCUCUAUAUAACCACCCGAUUGAAGGUCUCCUUCUGGAUACCAUUGGAGGAGCCUUAUCUUUUCUCUUAUCGGGAAUGUCUCCACGAACUUCAAUCUUCUUCUUCUCUUUCGCUACGAUCAAGACUGUUGACGAUCAUUGUGGGUUAUGGAUUCCUGGAAACCUGUUCCAUUUCUUCUUCAAAAAUAAUAGUGCUUAUCACGAUAUUCAUCAUCAGCUAUACGGAACCAAGUAUAAUUUCUCCCAACCGUUCUUCGUUGUUUGGGAUAGAGUUCUCGGAACUUAUAUGCCUUAUUCGCUCGAGAAGAGACAGAGUGGUGGUCUUGAAGCCAGGCCGGCUAAAGAUUGCAAAGAGAAAUGAAAAAAUAAUUGAUUGAAGAUAUUCUUUUUUCUACUCUUUAUGAUUUUCUUCCACUUCUCUCUGAUUGAGUGUAUAUAUAAUAUUUUGAUUCUUAAUUGGAUGAAUCAUCUAUGGCUUGUUAAUUUGAUAGUCUGAUAACAAUAAGGAACAGGGAAAGAGAAAAAGAAAGAGAGAGAUAUAGAGAGGAAAUGGGGAGUUUGUUCAGAAGGAAGGCUUUUGAGUUUCUGUUUCUGUAAGAGAGAAAGACAUAUUUAUAUACUUGUGCAAACUUGAACUGCCAUGAUUGGGCUUAUAUGUAAUUCUAAUGUUUUAUUGCUCUACAUAUUUCAAAUAUUCUAUAAUUAUUCCUUUUAUUUUGGUCUCA